UCAAAGUUCUUUUUUCUGGAUGAUUACAUUGGAAAAUUAACCUCUAGGCUUCUCUAAUUAUCUGCCUAUUCCAUUCGAUGAAUCUCAUGCGCUGAAAUCGUUAGUAUGCUCAUUAGAUAUCAGUCUUGUGGACAUUGUAGUGCUUUGUUUCCUGGAAAUUGGUAAUAAUGCAGAAUAACAUGAACUCAAUGGGAGGGUGUGACACAUUUUAGCAGUUACAAAAUUGUGCAAUAUAGCCUAAGAUAUAUGUUAUGGAAGGCAUAAUGAAAUAUACGAGCAUGAUUGUCAGAUUCAAUUGUAUUUUCGUAAUUGCAGGAUGUGGGAAUUCUCUGUUGGUUUGUACAUGAUCAACGUCUGGCCAGAUUCUCUACUCCUAACGGCUGCUUAUGGUGUGGUGGAGUCAGCUUCAACGGCAUUAUUUGGUCCCCUCAUUGGACAGUGGGUGGAUAGGUUCACAUACGUUAAGGUGCUCCAACUUUGGCUGCUAAGCCAAAAUAUCUCAUUUAUUGUUGCUGGAGGUGCAGUAACUGCUCUUUUAAUCCGUGUAGACUUGAUAUCAGUCAAUCUUAUGGCAUUUAUCUCACUUGUUAGUUUAAUUUAUAUAUCCGGAGCUGUUGGUGUGCUUUCAACUCUUGCCGGAACCAUCUUGAUCGAAAGAGAAUGGGUAGUUGUAAUAUCAGAAGGCCACCCUCCUGGGAUGCUAACAAAUAUGAAUGCAAUCAUAAGGCGAAUAGAUUUGAUUUGCAAGCUAUUUGCUCCGGUGAUUACUGGCUUCAUUAUCAGCUUUGUUUCUCUAACUGCAUCAGCCAUGACUCUAGCUCUUUGGAACGUUAUGUCCGUUUGUUUGGAAUACUGGCUUCUUACAUCUGUAUACAAUGGAAUUCCAUCUCUAAGUGAAAGAAGCCUGAGGAGGGACUCAAGAUCUUCACCAGAGCAUUCGGAUAUAAGCCCCUCUAUUUCUCAUGAACAGAAAAGCACGUUUCACUCAGAUGGAAUUGGAUUGGAGCAAUCUGAAAAUCCCUGGAGGAAAAUAGUUGGCUCGAUCUCAAGAUUGCCUUGCCUUUCUGCUUGGAGAAUGUACUUGCAGCAAGAUGUAGUCCUCCCAGGGCUAGCUCUUGCCUUACUUUUUUUUACGGUACUCAGCUUUGGAACGUUAAUGACGGCUACACUUGAAUGGGAAGGAAUUCCUGCAUAUGUCAUUGGAAUUGUGCGUGGAGUAAGCGCAACAAUAGGGAUAGCUGCAACAUUUCUCUACCCUAUCGUAGAAUCACACAUUUCAACACUUCGAACAGGUCUUUGGUCAAUCUGGUCACAGUGGACUUGCCUGUUGAUAUGUGUAGCUUCGAUAUGGGUCCAUAAGAAAUUUCUAUCAGCGUUUAUGCUUAUGGCUGGUGUGGCUGCAUCACGCUUGGGUUUGUGGAUGUUUGAUUUAUCGGUCAUUCAGCAAAUGCAGGAUCAUGUCCCUGAAAGUGAUCGUUGUGUGGUAGGAGGAGUUCAAAACUCACUACAGUCUGCUCUGGAAUUGAUGACUUAUUUCUCGGGCAUAAUCAUAUCUAAUCCCCAGGAUUUCUGGAAGUUGAUCCUAUUAUCUUUCCUUUUAGUGACAAUGGCCUCGACGUUAUACAGUAUACAUGUUUAUCGAGUUAGGAAGCACCUAUUUCACUUUGAGAAGCUCAAUUGUUUAGUAAGAUCAUCUUAGACUCUUCGUGCACCGAUGAACACGAAAAAACAGAAACUGUAGAUUACUUUCUUUAAUCCUUCUGUAUAGCCAUAAGCAUGUUUCUUCUUUAUGUAGCUAUUGGUCUAACAACAAUGCCACGAGGUUUUCUCCAGUCUGUUCGAGUAUUAUUUACAUGUAAUUUUCUUGCUUCUUGUAAAUUACAUUUUAGUAGAAAGCUUCAUAUAACA